UAGUUGUCAACAUAACCUCAAAUGUGAGAAACCCAAACUUUUGCACUUUUUUACAACCACCACACUUCCCUCGAGGAAAAAGGUUAGCACUGUCCGACUCCAAUUUCGCCCCAAUAUGGUGAAAAAGGAGCCCCUCCCUUGCCCCCAGUGCCCCUACACGACCCUUUGGGACUUCGCCUUCUUGCACCACCUCAGAAACAACCACUUCAUGCGCCCCCGAAACCGCCGACUUUUCACUUGUUGGAAAAACCCCCCAAGCUAUGAUUGUGACAAUUGCAACUUCCGCACCACUUUUAAAGUAUCGUCGGACCGCCACAUGCGGACCUGCUUCACUUCGAGACUCCUGCAGCCCCCUCAGGAGCCCAUCAUUUGCAAAAAAUGCAGCUUCCAAGCUAUGUCGAAACUGGACUUGAGAAUACACAAACGCAACUGCAACUUGGUGAAGUUGUUGAAGUGCGAGCAGUGCGAGUAUAUCACGAAGUACAGCUGCGCGUUGAAACAACACGUAAUGUACCAUCAUACGCCUCCGGAGGAGAUUCAGUGGUUUAAGUGUGACCACUGCGAGUUUACUACGAAAUAUAGAUUAGACAUCAAGCGCCACAUUCUGUCGAAGCAUACGUCUCCGGAGGAUGUUAGUUGGGUGUACUGCGAGCAGUGUCCGUUUCGUACUAAGAGCAAGGGCAGUUUGCGUAACCACAUUUUGUAUAAACACACUCCGAUGGAGAGUAUCCAGUGGUACCAGUGCCCCCAGUGUCCCUACCGUGCCAAAAUGCAGUGCGACUUGCAGAAACACGUGAUCUGUAGGCAUGAAGAGGACCCCGCUUUGUUUCAAUGCACACAGUGCGACUACAAAACCAAACGAAAAUCGCGUCUGAAGCAACACAUUUUGUUCCGACACACGGACAGCGAAGACCUCCAGUGGUACACUUGCCCCCAUUGCCCCUACAAAGUCAAGCGCCAAAUCGACCUAAAGCAGCACAUUUUGCGAAAACACACGAGCCUAGACGAGAUCCAGUGGUUCUACUGUGACCAGUGUCCGUACAAAGCCAAGUCUUCAGCUAACCUUAAGAGUCACAAAUUCACCCACGACUCGUCUAGUUGUAAGUGGUACGAAUGCCAACAGUGCCCUUUCAAAACCCGCUGGAAGAAGCAGCUUAAGCCGCACGUUUUAAGUAAGCAUGCGAUGGAGGGGGAAGUCACGUGGUUCGAGUGUGGGCAGUGCGAGUAUAGGGCGAAGCGAAGGGACCACCUGAGGCGGCACGUGACGUAUAGACACUUGGCUCCGGAUGAAGUGGAGUGGUUUCAAUGUGGUCAUUGUCCCUAUAGGGCGAAAGUCAAAAGCGAACUCAAUAAACACGUAGUAGGGAAACACGACGUUUUCGAUGAAAGUCGGUGGUUGAAGUGCAAGGAUUGUGAUUAUAAGGCGAAGACGAACGAUAAUAUGAGGAGGCACGUGUUGUUUAGGCAUACGGCGGCAGAGGACAUUCGGUGGCAUGAGUGUGAGCAGUGCGAUUUUCGAGCCAAGACGAAGGUGGGGUUGAAAAAACACGUGUUGUUUAGGCAUACGGCGGUGGAGGAUAUAGAGUGGUUCGGGUGUGAGGUGUGCGGGUAUAAGACGAAGAGGAAGGAGAGGGUGAAGGAGCACAUGAAGCAAAAGCACUACGAUUUAACGGGAAAAUAAUUGUAUUUUUUGAUUAACGCUAUACAUUGUAUAAAAGGAGAAUAAAUAAAUCAAAGAAUGAACGUACUAAA